AUGGGCAAAGAGAAGACCCACAUCAACAUUGUGGUUAUUGGCCAUGUGGAUUCCGGCAAGUCCACAACAACAGGGCAUCUCAUCUACAAAUGUGGAGGCAUUGACAAGAGGACCAUCGACCGGUUUGAGAAGGAGGCCUCAGAGGUGGGCAAAGGCUCCUUCAAAUAUGCCUGGGUUCUGGACAAGCUGAAAGCAGAGCGGGAACGUGGCAUCACCAUUGACAUCUCCCUGUGGAAGUUUGAGACCAAGAAAUACUAUAUCACCAUCAUUGAUGCCCCAGGUCACCGUGACUUCAUCAAGAACAUGAUCACAGGCACCUCACAGGCAGACUGCGCUGUGCUGAUUGUGGCAAGUGGUGUAGGUGAGUUUGAGUCUGGCAUCUCCAAGAAUGGGCAGACCCGUGAGCACGUACUGCUGGCAUAUACACUAGGCGUGAAGCAGCUCAUCGUGGCAGUCAAUAAGAUGGACGUCACAGAGCCUCCUUACAGUAGUGCACGCUUUGAGGAGAUCAGCAAGGAGGUGAAGGCCUAUAUCAAGAAGAUCGGUUACAACUCUGAGGCUGUCGCCUUUGUGCCCAUCUCAGGCUGGCAUGGGGACAACAUGAUAGAACCAAGCACCAAGAUGUCCUGGUUUAAAGGCUGGAAGAUCACCAGGAAGGAAGGAAACAUAGUAGGUAUGACACUGCUAGAAGCACUGGACUCCAUCAUGCCCCCUGCCCGUCCUAUGGACAAGCCCCUGCGGCUGCCUCUGCAGGAUGUGUAUAAGAUUGGGGGCAUUGGCACCGUGCCCGUGGGCCGGGUGGAAACAGGCUACCUCAAGCCAGGCAUGGUGGUGAACUUUGCCCCCUGCAACAUCACCACAGAGGUCAAGUCUGUAGAGAUGCACCACGAGGCCCUGGCUGAGGCCUUGCCUGGAGACAAUGUGGGCUUUAAUGUGAAGAAUGUGUCAGUGAAGGACAUCAGGCGGGGCUACGUGGCAGGAGACAGCAAGAAUGAUCCACCCUUAGAAGUGGCGAGUUUCAUCUCCCAGGUGAUCAUUCUCAACCACCCUGGCAGCAUUGCAGUUGGCUACUCACCAGUUCUGGACUGCCACACGGCCCACAUUGCCUGCAAGUUUGCAGAACUCAGGGAGAAGAUUGACCGGCGCUCAGGCAAGAAGCUGGAAGACCAUCCCAAAGCCCUCAAGUCUGGGGACUCCGCCAUUGUUCAGAUGAUUCCACGAAAGCCCAUGUGUGUGGAAAGCUUCUCAGAGUAUCCGCCCCUUGGCCGCUUUGCUGUUCGUGACAUGAGGCAGACAGUGGCUGUUGGGGUCAUCAAGGCUGUGGAGAAAAAAGCAGCGACUGGUGGCAAAAUCACCAAGUCUGCCACGAAGGCAGCCAAGAAAUGAGUGGUGACGACUACUUUAGACCUUUCCAGGAGAGGGCAGCCCAGAAGAAGCCACGGCUGGAAAAGAAGAGCUCAAGGAGACUUAGACUUACUCUUCUCUUGACUAAAAUGUCUUAAACCUACCCCUGCUAAUGCACUUUUCUUUUUGCUGAUGAGUUUGAGGCAUGGGAAUAAAGCACACCAAGUCUUUGCCUCUGCCUCUACUGACCUCGAUGCUGUAAGCAAGGAGGAAGCAGGUGGGUUGCUCAGUCUAAUUCCACACCUCAGCUUCCUUCUGGUGCUUGACUGGUGCAAGAACCAGAGAGCUAGAGUCACGAGGAGGAAAAAGUAUAAAGGAGGAAGUCUAGAGCAGCUUUUAGCCCUGGCCAAGCUCUUCAGUUCCUACAACAGAACUCUGGUGCUAAACUGCCUGACUUGAAUAGCAUCUAUAAAAGUUACCGAACUUCUCUGUGUGCUCAUUUGUAAAAUGGAAAAACAAGAUAGUAUCUGCCUCCAAAGGGAUGCUGAACUUUGAGUGAGCUGGUACUUGCUGGGCAUGGUAAUUAGCCACUCUCAUUAACAUGGUGUGCGAGCUGGAGGCAAGG